AUGAACCCCAUUACUACUCAACCAGGCUACGGGGCAGGCGGUGCCACCGUUAGUGAUUGGCAAACUAGCAUAUUCGACUGCUGUGACAAUCUAGGGGUUUGUCUCUGUGGAUUUUUCUGUCCCUUGUGCCUCUCGUGUCAGAUUGCCUCUGACAUGGAUGAAUGCUGCCUGUGUGGAGCAAGUGUCGCCAUGAGGACCCUCUAUCGGACCCGAUACGGCAUCCCGGGAUCCAUUUUCAAUGAUUUCCUGUGCCUGGCAUUUUGCCCUAACUGCACCCUUUGUCAACUCAAGCGAGAUAUUGAUAAAAGAAAAGCAAUGAAUGCCUUCUAA